AUGAACGACGGCGGCUUCAAGGUCCCCGACAGCUUCAAGAUCCCGAAGAAAAAUGCGGCCGCCGCGGCUGAGGGCAAGGGAAGCCUGCCGAUGUUCAGCUUUUCGAAAAAGGCGCUAGGAACGAGCGAGAAGCCGGCAGCUGCUUCUACGGCCAAGUUGGACUUUGCCUCGUCGGCGAGCAUGGCACAAACGGGAACCGUUCCCAAGCCAAAAACAUCGGUCCCAUCGACUUCACUGGUGAACACGGUGAAGAGAGUAAGACCAAUCCAAGCCCAACCACAGCCAGCAGCAGCACCUCAAGCCCCGGAUCCGGCUCCAACGGCUCCAAAGGGCCAAGCCCGACCCGCACUCUACAAGGGGCUCGUCGAUCCGACCAAGAAGCGCCCGACUUUGCAACAGCAGCUUCUUAAACGGCGCGCCAUCCAAACAGCAAGUCGUCCGGUCGCCACACCAUCUCCAGAACGCCGUGACGCAUCGCCGAAUCGUGGCGAGCAAUCGGAAGCUAGACUCGCUCCUCCUACAGCCAAACUUUUUGGCGAUGCUGGUGAACCUCGACCUCGUUCCGUCUCGCCGCAGACUGGGCAUAAAAUGGGAUCAGAAGCCGCUUCAAUAAUCCAUCAACUACAAGCCCUGUUGGGGCGACGCUGCAACGACGACUAUGAACGCUAUCAACUGCUCGACGAUCGUGACAAGCUGCUGCACAAGUUGAGAGCGCUCGACCCACCAACCUCUCGAGUCGGAAAUUGCCCGGAUCUAUGCCCGGAGAAAGAACGGUACAUUCGCAUCGUCCAGAAGCGCCUCUCCGGCUACGAGUGCGACUCGGAUGGGCAUCUAAUUCCGGAAAAGGCUGUCAAGGAAUACGGGAGAAGUGCCGCUGAUCAAGAACGACCGCUGAAGCAUGAGCUACGCCCGGGCCCAAUGCUCGUGCAAUCGAUGGAUUAUCUACUCACUGAGAUUUUCGACUCAAAUCCGCCGCCCGAUCAACUGGCCGGGUGGUACGACUUCUUGUGGAGCCGAACGAGGGCUAUUCGAAAGGAGCUAACCCAACAAGCGAUCAUCGACUCUACAGCGGUCAUGCUCACAGAAAGAUGCGCCCGGUUCCACCUCUUCGCCGCGUACGCCCUCUGCACCCUCGACAUCGGCCAAUUCGACCAGAACAUGAACACGGAAAAUCUCGGAAAGUCGCUGCAGAGUCUCCGCCACCUCUACGAUGAUCUCCGGAAAAAGGGCAUCCACUGCGAGAACGAGUCCGAGUUCCGCGCCUACGACAUCAUGAUGCAUCUCCACGAUACGAACACGCUCACUCAGGCUUUAUCCUAUCGCCGUGAAGUCCGGGAGAGCCCUCAAGUGAGACUGGCCCUCGACCUCGCCAAGUCCAUGCAAAACGGGAAUUACGCUAGAUUUUUCCGGCUUCUCCGAACCAAGGCCUCCUUUUUGCAGACCACCGUUUGCCAUCGUAAUUUCGAGAAGGUUCGUGUCCGUGCCUACGGUGUCAUGGUGGCCGCAUAUCCACGGGGCUCCCUUUUCAACGGAGAUCACGUCGCCCGGCUGCUUGGUUAUGAUCACGUCGAGCAACUGGCCGCCGACGUCAAGCUGUACGGGCUGUUGUGUGAAGGCGAUGGAUUGGACCUGAACAAGUCGCGCUUCAACGACCGCCCCGACGAGCCGCCCGCCCCGCGGCACUACGCGUGGGUCGAGGCCAAGAUGGGCGGGCUGCUGCUGAGCCAAGUGAUCGCGGGCGGCGACCGAGUUCAUCGACCGCGUAUUGGGCACGUCGUCGACUCGUUCGACGCGAAUGGGUGCUACACCAAGGAUCCGGUGCUGGCGGCGGCUAUUGGAAGCCAUGCCCAAAUCGCCUCGCACGUGCCCAUCUACCAGCCGAUGAAGAACGUCGAGGAGGUGGACCAGCAGACUCUCCUUGAGCAGCAGAAGCUCCGACUUGAAGACGAGCGCCGACGACUCCAAGAAGCCAAAGCGAAGCAGAUGGCCAAAAAGGCGAUGAUCUCCGACACCUGCAACGAGUUCUUCGCCACCGAGGCGCGACAAGUCUUUGAAAAUUCGGUGGUCGUCAAGGUUGCCCAACAAGUUGAGCAUCGGCUUCAAGCGGCUGCAGAACGAUGUGCAAACGCCGCCUACGCUGAAGCCUGCCAAAUUGCGGCCAAGCGCGAGGUGGAGGAGCAGAAGCGGAUGGCGGCCGAGCGCCGGCAGCGUUUGAGAAGAGAAGGCCUACAAGCUUUUGCCGAAGUUUUUGACGAAAAUCGCGACUCGCUCGUCAACCGGAAGCUCGUGAUGAUGGUGCAGCCGUUUAUUAACACCGCCUUCCGCGACAGCCUCAUCGAGCUGACGGAGAAGCUCGGCGACAAGAUCCAGAAGCGCCUAAAAGAUCGACACACCGACAAGGAGACGAGGCAGAUUGUCGAGGAGACACUGGCAAAGAGGAAGGCUUUGAUAGCCCGAAAAAGCACGGAGAUCCAGACGAACCUGCGCCAGAUGUGGCUCCGCCAAUUCACAGACCGCUGGCGAGCGUUUGUCGAAGAGAAAAAGGCGAAAAGGAUUUUCCUGGAGAAUGUGAAGCGCCGGAUAGAAGAACACCGCCAAAACAGCUCCGCACUCGCCUCCAGCGUCACCAACAAGUUCGGCUACUCGAAGAAGAGCGUGGAAGAUUUCCACAAACGACGCCGAGCCGAGCGCCUCGUACGCAAGUACUUCCUACGCUGGCGCGCUUACGCGUUCGAGAAGGGCAAGGUGAAGCGGAUUGGGGAAUUCUUCGCCCGGAAACGCGUCCAGAAGCUGGACGAGAUGGCCGCCCGGCCACCGGUCACGAAGAAGCCGUUGUAUUCAAGGAAAAGCUCAAUCUGCGAGUUCACCUUCGCCGCCCCGGUCGUGCACGCGGCGCUCCCGUUGACUGCCGAUGUUUCUGGGAAUGGCUACGAGUUAUCCGCCUCCAACUCCUACGGAUCGACGCCUUUCGGGCUGGCGAAUAAUAGCGUUUUGGAAGAAUUGGAUCUCGACUGGGCCCGCGAACAGGUGGACCGAGUCGGCUGGACAAAUGUCGAGCACGCCGGGGAAGAUGGCGAAAACGUACAACUCGCCCAGCACCACGACUCGCUGCUCAGCGACGACCUCGAGAAAGUGGCGGCAGAGAAUGCAGCCGACAGCCUGUCCGGAGUCCGCGACGAGAUCACCGACUUUUCCUCCGCCCUGGCCGAGACGAAUCGACGGCUCAACUCGCUGCUCAACCGAUACGCCUCCACC